AUGCAUUCGUUCGUGUACCGUUACAACCUUAGUUACAACCUUAGUUCAAUUGCAAUUUGUGACUUCAUUACUUCAAUCGGCGCUCGGCAGGUCACUCACGAGUCACGAAACAGGGUUACUGGGUUACCUAUCACAGCCUUAGUUACAGAGAAUGCUAGUAGGAUUGCUCUCACGUCUGAUAUGUGGACAACAAGUAACCAAAAGAAAGGUUACAUGGCAAUCACAACACAUUAUAUAUAUGUCAACUGGAAGUUACAAAAUCAAAUUAUGAGCUUUAUACAUGUGCCAUCUCCACACACUGCUGAUGCAUUGUCACAAGCUAUGAUGGAAUGCUUUUUGGAGUGGAACAUUGACAACAAGUUGUCAACAUUAACACUUGACAAUUGUUCAACAAAUGAUGCCAUCGUCGACAAGCUUUUAGCAAUUGUCUUAGACCCCAGGUAUAAGUUAAAGUUGAUCAAUUAUUUCUUUCCAAAGUUAUAUGGGAAUGAAGCAAGAGGUGAGAUUAUGCAAGUACGCAACAUAAUUACUGAGUUAUUUGAAGAGUAUAAAAAGAAACAUAAUGCAAAACAAGGAGCUUCUUGGAAACGACAAUGUGAAACAAACGUCUUUGAGGGAAGGGGUUCUACUUUAAGCAAAUCAACAUGGGAGUUGGAUUUCGAGAAUAUGCGCUUUCUGAGGAUGAUGGAUUGGAAAAAACUGAGUUGGAUGAAGAUUGCUAGAGAUAUCUUAGCCAUUCCAAUUUCUUCAGUUGCUUCGGAAUCAGCUUUUAGCAUGAGCGGGAAUAAAGUGACAAAACAACGUAACCGACUCAAAGCGGAAACAGUUGGGGCAUUAAUGUAUAGCCAAAGUAAAAAGCAAGGAGAACCAAAGGCUUUUGACCAGACAGAUGCAUAUGAUGAGGAUGUUAAGUAAUUUUCAAAGAAAUAGAACCAAAGACUUGAAAUUUAUUUUGUUUAAUCAUGUU